CAUCUUGCCGGCAAUAUUAGCCUCUCUGUGUCUGUAUACUGACUUGCAAUCAUAUCUCACUGUAAUAGAAAGACCGCGUGUAAAUGCUGAAGGGUGUAUGUUGCAUGUGUCGUUUGAUUGUGUGCGCGCUCCCGUUAUGCAUCUCAAUGGAGCGAGCAGCAGCUGAUCUAGACGGCUCGUUUAGCUGGAUGAAGGUGGACGCUUAGGACACAACAGGUUAUUGGUGAUUUAAAGGAGAGAAAGACGAUGUCUUCGAGAGAAAGACUGAAAGAGAAGAUGAUUAAAGAGAGCGUGACUCUGCUGCCAUGCUUUUAUUUCGUAGAGCUUCCACUCCUGGUGUCGUCUGUGGUCAGUGUUUAUUUCCUCGAGUGGACGGACAUUUUCAAACCGGUCCGCUGGGGUUUCAGCUGCCACGACCGCAGUCUGAGUUUGCCUUAUAUUGACCCAACGCAUGAGGUCAUUCCCUUCCUUAUGCUCCUCAGUCUCGCUUUCGCAGCUCCUGCUAUUACGAUCAUGAUCGGUGAGGGGAUUCUGUUCUGCUGUCUGUCUCGAGCUCAGUGUGGAGGAGGAGCUGAAGCCGACAUCAACGCCGCAGGCUGCAACUUUAACUCUUUCGUCCGCCGUGGUGUCAGGUUUGUGGGCGUUCAUGUCUUUGGUCUAUGCGUUACGGCUUUGAUUACGGACAUCAUCCAGUUGUCGACAGGCUACCCUGCGCCAUAUUUCCUGACCGUCUGCAAACCAAACUACACUCACCUGAACACGUCCUGCGAGGAGAGUUUCUUCAUCCUGGAGGACAUCUGUUCUGGGCCUGAUGCUGCGCUCAUCAAUGCCAGCAGAAAAUCCUUCCCAUCACAGCAUGCCACGCUGGCAUCCUUUGCUGCCGUGUAUGUUUCGAUGUACUUCAACAGCACGCUGACGGACUCAUCUAAACUCCUGAAGCCUCUCCUGGUCUUCUCCUUCAUUAUCUGUGCCAUCAUAUGUGGACUAACCCGCAUCAUUCAGCACAAGAACCAUGCCAUUGAUGUUUACCUGGGCUUCCUGCUUGGAGGAGGCAUUGCUGUUUACCUGGGUUUGUUUGCAGUAGGAAACUUCCAACCAAGCAAGCAAAAACAGACAAGUCAGCUUCACGUCCGUGAUCCUCAACGAGCCAUGGCUGACCUGUGCCAGCAAGGUCACCACCUCCCUGCCAAGAGCUGCAGCAGCCCCGACGGCCUCUCGUCUUCAUGCUCUGAAGGAAUCCUGCACCGCAACACUCAACACCCUCAGGCAGGAUCCCGUAGUGGAAAUGUGGAGGUCAUCUCUACCCGCAGUCCUCCACACAAGGAGAACAUGGUGACUUUUAACACCUUGCCUAGAGUACAUACGCCUGCAAUGGAUGAGUCUGCUUUCCGAAACGCCACUAUCCACACCUCCUCUGUGGACUCCAGUAGGUCCAAGCAGCUACUAAUGCAAUGGAAGAGUAAGAAUGAGAACCAUAAACAUUCACUGCACGCCAUGGAAGGUGGACAAGCACAGUCCCCUCCACACAGCAUGGACGUCCGCUGCAAUUCUGAACCUUCGGCAGUGGGUAUCAAUGGUGAAAAUCAGGGCCCUGGAACCCCAUACUUAAAAAUGGCCACCGGAAGUACAACUCUACCAAGCAACCCAAGCGGGAUUGCUGGCGGUGCUCGGAUACCCAUGCAGCCUCGGCCUGGCUCUUCACAGUUGGUCCACAUCCCAGAGGAGACGCAGGACAACAUUGGUGGUUUGCCAAAUUGCAGUAACUCCCGUGACAAAUGGAUGAAGAGCAUGGAGAGGACUGCAGAGAAGGGUGGUGAGGUACCAGUGGUUAGGACUAACUCUAACGGCCAGCCACGCAUCAUGCAAGUGAUUGCGAUGUCUAAGCAGCAAGGUCUAUUGCAGGGAAGCUCACCCAGUUCUGAAAGCAGCAGCCACACCAGCUCCACCGCACCGCUACAGCGCUACAAGAGUCUAACUGAGGAUUCUGGAGGUCAAGGCAGCACUGGAGCAAUUAUUCGGGUGGAAGCUCAUCCAGAAAAUGGCCGACCCUUGGUGCAUGCGCACUCCACAGAUGGAAGUGGCUCCUGGACGUGGAAGUCCCAAAGCAGCUUUAGACAGUCAUUUGAGCUUAACGACUUGAAUCGAGAUUCGGAGAGCUCAGAAUCUGCAAGGGACUUGAACAGUUCUACGGACAGAAAGAGCUCUAAAGACAGAAAGAGGAACGGCUUGAGUGCACCUAAAGCUGUGGCUGUGCCAACGGUCCCGACUGUUCCUAUUGUAUCCACAGCAGGUGGUAACCACCAUCCCAACCAGACCAUCUCUACCAUCCGUGUCACUCCAAUGGAAAUGACUGAAUCUGGUCCAGGAAGCCGUGAUUCAAGUUUGCGCAGGAAAACCAGGAUCCUCAUCCCUGAACGAGGAAACAGCCCAGAUAACACCAGGAAUAUUUUUUACAAGGGAACAUCAACCACUCCGGUUUUCAAAGAGUAGUGGAACAUUAUCUCACCAAAAACAAACAAAUGAAGAAACUAGAAGACAUUGUGUUUUCACAUAGACACAUUUGCUGUUUUACACGUCUUCAAUGACGUCACUUGUUAUGCAUGAGGUGAUUCACUGACUUUUUAAAUAUAUGUAAGACAGCAAGAAAAGCACAAAAUCCAGGUUUUGGUCCUAAUUCUGUUUACUAUUGUGAUAAUGACAUUGACAGCUUAUCACAUGGAAAUGGUCUUACCUUUGUGACACUGUGAAGCUGGAACUGUGACUGUGCCAAGUUUGAACUGCAACACUGUUUAAAGUAUUCAACAUCUCAGAUAUACAUAUUCAUAUCACGCACUCAUUCAUACACUGGUAACUAUGCUAGCUGAAACUCUUAUUUUUAUAUUAUGUAAAUAACUUUCAACCUUGGUGCUGCCCAAUUCUGAGAACAUUAUGUAAAAAAGAAGUUAAGAAAAAAAACAUAUCUUGAACAUAUCCAGUUUGUGCAGUGCACUCCUCUGAAAACUGUGUCAUUCGAACUUUCUAAUGACCGUAAGUGCUUAGAACAUUUCCUGUAGCAAACAAUAGUCAUAAAAUGACAUGCACUUCACAUUUAGUACAUGCAAUACAAAUACUUUACAUACUGUAUGUGUCUGUAAUUAUUUGUACGUAUAAGUAGACACACGAAAGAGUCUGUCAUGUAAACAAUGAUAUUUUAUAUAUCCAAAUGUCAAAAAAGAAGGAAAAAAAACACUUUACACAUGUACAAAUACCAAGGAAUGCUAAUCUUUCAACAUAGGCUUUUUCUGAAAACGUAGCCCUAUAUACAUUUCUGCAGAUUGCGAAUUAUAUAACCAGAAGUACGUAUGGCUGCAUUUCGUUUUUAAAUCAAACGCUACAGGGCGUUAUGACCCCGUUCCUUUCCGUGCUUAUCAGCUGACCACUUAUCUCCAUAUGGACAGCUUUCCCGCUGUUACCAGUUUGCCCAGUAGCUCACCAUUUACGUCUGCGGACUUGAGACACGACGAGGGCUUUUCUAUUUCUGCAUUGCUUUUUGCAUUGUCAAUUGGGUUUAGGGAAGUGGGUGGGCGGGUCAAUCGGUGCUUUUGAAAAAACUAUUGGUUGGGUUUUGGGAAGAAGGAGGGUGGGUCAGUCGAUUGGUCAGUCAGUAAUUCAGUCAGUCAUUCAGUCAGUCGACAGCGGACAGCAGUAGAUUUACGCUAGAACAGCAGGCGCGAAUGGCAAAAAAAAAUACUUCCUGGGAUGUAUUUGGUGCUCUCGAGAAAUGUAUAUAACAGUAAGUGUUAGGUUUAGGGAAGGAGAAAGGUGGGUCAGUCGAUCGGUCAAUCAGUCAGUAAGUCAGCCAGUCGACAGUGGCCUCUGGUGGACAGUAGGCGCGAAUGGCGCUCACAAGAGAAAUCUGAGAUCUGAAAAAGCGUAAACAGCGGCCUCUGGUGGAUUCGCGAAAACAAAAACUGCAAAAAACUGCUCCUGUGACGUAUUUGGCGCUCUCCAGAAAUGUAUAUAGUGGUACGUUUUCAGAAUGAGCCUGAGUUGUAAUCUUCCAUCAUGACUACUAUUGUAAGGAAAAUAGUGCAGCUAAUCUUCCACUCUUCUGUAUCAUAGCAUAUACUAAGUUUACUUUUUUCCAACAGAUAAUUUCAAUUGUAUUUCAUAGAUAUUUUGAGAUUAACUAGAUUAGUAGCAAAACUACACUCCACAUUAUUUUUCUGUGGUUAUUCCACUGUGAGCUUCAGCUUUUUAGGCCAAACUGUCAUAUAGUAAAUGUUUUAUAAAUUUGUGUAACCCACAAAAAAAUUUUUAAAAAAUAAAAGAAAAAGGCUUUACUGUUCAAAAAUAGAUUUGCAAUGAGCAAGAAGUAGCUCAUCAAAUCUGGUGUCAUCUUAGCGGUUAAACACGACAGCAGAUUCCAUGUUAAUGAACUUUUUAUAACCUGUAAAUUACUGUGCCAAAGCGUAUUUUAAAGAAAGAUUCUGUUUUGGAACAUUUCUAUAGAACUCUGUAUUCUUAUACACCACAGACUCUCUCAGCACAGCUGUAGCCAAUGCAUGGUAGUUUGAUAUAUCACAUUUAUUUUCGGUUUCCUUUUUUUGUAAAUGAUUCAAUUGUGUAGCGGCUGCAAGUUUGAUUAUUUAUACUGAAUAUAAACUACCUGUUGACAAUCUUUAUAGAUGAAGUUCUUUUCAAUCACACCAGGAUACACUGUAUGUUAUCUCUAACAUGUCAAGAGAUUGUUUGGAUACCCGUUAAUGUGCGCUCAUCAUUUUAGAAAUGCAUCAAGCAUGCUGGUAGCAGUGUGUGUUUUCUGAGGAACGUUCUGUAGCACUUUUGUGUAACUGUCAUCGACAGAUUCGGUUUGAAUAGGAAUGAAUUUACAGUGAUGUUAUGUGUUGUUGCAGCGACCUGACACUGAGAAAUAAGGUCAAACUCUGUUCAUGUACGUCACCUCUGAGAAUUAUAGUUUGUUUCGAACAUUAAAUAGUUCUGUUUUACUCUAGUAACAGGGUAGAUGAAGAAAAAAACUGUGCUGUAUCAGUGUUUGAAUAAACAUUUGCCAUUUAAAACUC